GCGUCUUCUUCGCUUCCUCCUCCUCCUCUUCUUCUCCUACGUUGUGCCGCCGCCAGCUGGAACAUCCGGGAUUGGAUUCUCCGGUGGAAAUCAGGGGUUUGGUUUUAGGGUUUUGGGUAUUCGAAAAUUGAAUUAUUCUGAGUUGAAUAGAAGGUUUUGGUGCUGAUUUUGAGAAUGUUCAUUCAAGACCAAGAAGAAUGUAAGGAAGGUUGGAAUUGUAGAGAUAUACGAAUUCGUGAUUCGAAGCCAUGGUUGGAUGUGGAGCUCCAGAGUGAUGGGAAUUCUUGUUUGAAUCAUUGCUGAAAAUGGGAUUAGUUUUGUUAAUUUUACUAGUUCUCGUGCAUUCGCCGAUCGUGCCUUCUUUUGGGUUGUCGAAGCCUGUAAAGGCUUGUGGAACAUUCCAUGUAGCCUGUGCUGAUGAUCCUACUCGCGAGUUGUUUUACAUUGAUGGAAAAUUGGUGGAUAAAUAUUUAUUCUGUAAGAGUUUGAGGUUUCAUGGGAGAGAUUGCUUUCUUCGGAAACAUGUUAGAAGCCAUUAUUGCCAUUCUUUAGGAAGAAGAUUGUUAAAACCUGUGGUUAGGGAUGGAGACAGUUGGAUUGGUUACGGUGAAAAGUCUCCAAGUGGAAAUGAUGAAAAUGGCAAUCGGAUUGUAAAAUCCAAUAUGCUAGUCAUUGCAGUGCCAGGUUUCUUCCUUUUAUGUUGUGCGUUGAUUUGUCCAUGUUUUCAAGCAAGGAAAAGAGCAACCGAGCAUACGGUUCUCUCAAAGGAGCCUAAUUCCAUGGACUCAAUUACGUCUCUAGAAAUGAAUCCUCCAUUCGAAAAGUAUCCCGGAAGUCCGUUGAGGGCUCCUCCAAGUCCACUAAGAGUGCCACCGAGUCCUUCAAGAUUCUCCAUGUCACCGAAGCUAAACCGUCUUGGAUCUGUGCAUCUAAACAUGAACCAAGUUGCGCGGGCAACGCACAAUUUCUCGUCGUCUCUACUGAUAGGCGAAGGAGGAUUCGGGACUGUCUAUAAGGCUGAGCUACCAAACGGUCAGGUCGUUGCAAUCAAACGAGCAAGAAGGGAACAUUUCGAGGCCCUACGCACCGAAUUCAGAAGUGAAGUUGAACUGCUGGCAAAAAUUGAUCAUCGUAACCUUGUCAAGCUUCUUGGUUAUGUCGAAAAAGGAAAUGAACGCCUGAUUAUAACGGAUUAUGUACCAAACGGUACCCUUAGAGAACACCUUGAUGGCCUUAAGGGAAAAAUAUUGGAUUUCAAUCAGCGGCUUGAAAUCUGCAUCGACAUUGCGCAUGGCCUGACAUAUCUCCAUCUCUAUGCUGAGAAGAAAAUCAUCCAUAGAGAUGUUAAAUCCUCGAACAUACUCUUGACGGAGAGUUUGAGGGCCAAAGUCGCGGAUUUCGGGUUCGCAAGACUCGGGGACGAGUCUGAUAAAACGCACGUAUCGACGAAAGUAAAGGGAACCGUCGGGUACCUCGACCCCGAGUACAUGAGGACGUAUCAACUCACGGACAAGAGCGACGUCUAUUCGUUCGGGAUAUUGUUAAUCGAAAUACUGACGGGCCGGCGACCCGUGGACUUGAAACGACAUCCCGAUGAGCGGGUGACGAUUAAAUGGGCUUUUCGGAAAUUCAACGAAGGGAAGUACCGGGAGAUGGUGGAUCCGUUGAUGACGGAAAACGUGGACGAAGAAAUUUUGGUGAAAAUGUUCGGUUUGGCGAUGCAAUGCGCUGCGCCGACGAGAGGCGAUCGGCCGGACAUGAAGUCAGUGGGCGAGCAAUUGUGGGGGAUUCGAAUGGACUAUUUGAAAAGCGGGAUGCGAUAGAUUGCGUCGAUGAUGAAUCGAUGCUGUGCGAUUGUACGGGUUGUUCGACUCUGUUCUUAAUCGAUCGAUCAAUCGGCGUCGAAUCGACAUGGGCAUUGUCGAUUUAUUGCAACACACGAGGCGAUUGAUUGUUGUAAGAACUCUUGUGUUUGGUGGUGUGUUUGUUCCUUAGAAAUUGUUUGGACAGAGGAAUGGAUGUUAGGCGUAACAUGCUUGAAAUGUUUGCUGUACUAGAUCUUUCACAUAUGUCCAGAUAUUUAAAUGUGCAAUAUAAUUUCUUAAAAUUUAUUUA